UUACAUAGUAGAGCUCCAAGGUUACGAUCUUACAAGCAACGACUGCUCGAAAAAAAUGAAUAGAUUUUACUUAGAGAAAUUUUAAUGAGUGAAUUUUAAUGCGUUAUCAAAUUGAUAAUGAAUGGAGAGAAAGUUCAAAGGAAAGAUGGACAUUAUUUAGCAGUGGCAUGUUUAAUUCUUUUGGCUUGAGUGGGACUUUUAAAUCUUUAAUUAACAGAGGAUUAAUGCAAGAUUUAACGACUGAUUAGUUUUUUUACUUCUGGAGUUUGUGACAGACUGCCUGAAGCAGUCCUAUAUUCCUCUUCGAACUUGUCAUUACUAAAAGGAAUAGCUCUUUCAUGGAUUCAUAUGUUCAUUGAAAUAUCAGAUUGAAAAUCUUCAAAGACAUGGCCUGUUCAAAGUAAAAUAAAUAUUGAUACUAAGUUUAAAAAAAUGAAGGAUAAAGAAAAAGGAGCAGGCAUGCUUAAAAAGGCUAGAUUUGAAAGGAACCCUGAGCACAAGGGAUCCAAAAGCCCUAGCCCUACCCGAGCUUCAAGCAAAAGCCCGAAGCGGGCAGGCUCUGGGAAAAUGUCAGACUCUCGCCCACAGUCUGCAAAAUCCAAGUCACCCUCCCCAUCCAGAAAAAGCUCAGCAAAAUCUAGAUCAAGCUCUGGAAAGAGAGGAUCAAGCGGUCAUGAAAGGAAGAAAAGCAAGAGCCCCUCCCCAAGCCGCAAAGGAACCACCUCAGCUUCUUCCAGGGGCCGCUCAGCGGGGAAGAAGAAAGUGAGAGUCAAGUCCCCUUCAAGGACCCAGUCUGGACUCAAAAUCAGGGACCUCUCUGAUCAGGGCCUUACUGCUGUCCCACCAAAUCUCUUAGUUGAAAAGGACCUUGGAAUAGUGAAUCUCUCUGGUAACAAUCUGAAAAACCUACCCCCGGAGAUUACGAGAUGGGACAAGCUUGAGAAGCUUGACCUCAGCAAGAAUUAUGGACUACGCAGAACCAAAGCUAAUGACAAUACAAGCCUGCCUCAGGAAAUUCUGACUCUCGUCAACCUUCGAGAACUCAUCAUAUCUGAGUGCAACUUACAGCGGCUUCCACCAAUCAUCUGGCAGAUGACAAAUCUCCAGGUUUUGGAUGUUAGUCGCAACAAGAUCAACAUACUUGUGCCAGAGGUGGGCAACUUGAGUAACCUGAAGAAAAUCAAUUUAAAGCACACGAACAUCACAUCCCUACCACCAGAAAUUGUGUAUUGUCAGGACUUGGAGGAAAUACUACUGUGGGGAAACAAGAUUACCACUCUACCUGAAACUCUGCCUGAAUUAUUGAAACUGAAAACAUUGGGUUUAAACUACCGUGAUUUCUGUGGUCAAAUGGAUGCCAUGAGAGAAAAAUUUCUGAACACUGGUCAAGUGAAAUCUGACUACAUUCCCCAAAUUGUGUUUGACCUCCCUGCAUUAGAAUCACUGGAUUUGGAAGGCACAAAGAUUAACAACAUGCCUGAAACAACAAACCAUGGCUUAAGAGAACUCAAUCUUAGCAGAAAUUUUCUCAGUGCUCUUCCUAGAAGUGUGUACAAUCUGAACCAUCUGACUUUGUUGAAUUUAUCUGACAACCAGUUCAGCACUCUACCAGACGAACUGGGGAAUUUGAGAAGCUUGACCAAGCUUCGUCUUGCAAACAACCAAAUCCAUUUUCUACCCCUGACCAUUGGAAACCUGAAAAAUCUCAAAGAAUUGGAUGUGUCUUUUAACAAAUUGAAAAGGCUUCCUAUCAAUAUCAAAGGUCUAAGGAAUCUGAAAUGUCUUCAUGCUGAAAAGAAUGAUCUUACUGCAGUGCCUGAUGAAAUAUGUGAACUGGUGGAACUAGAAACUCUUAAUUUGACUGAAAAUAACAUCCACACAUUACCGAUGAGGCUUCACCGUUUGACAAAGCUAAAAGAUGCCCAUGUCUAUGACAGGUACAAUAAACAUGGAUUGUGGCUGUAUAAAAAUCCUCUCACAACUCCACCCAUGGAAAUCUGGAGGACUGACAAAACUGAAAAGAUUUUUGACUUCCUCAAAAAGCUGGCAAUCAUUAAAACUGAAAACCUUCAGAGACAAAAGAUGCUAGUUAUGGGAGAAUCUCAGUGUGGAAAAUCCACAUUGAUAAUGGGAUUAGUUCAUGGAAUAUCUUUAUCUGCUGCAGAAGAAGAGGACAAAGGCAGAAGAUCCAAGCAGGAAGAAGCAGAUGAUAACAAAAAGAAAAACCUAGACAGCAACUCAGAGAACAAUCUUCCUGAAAUUGAAGAAAAACAUUCAGAAGUCAUGCCUCUAACAAGCAAAACAGAAUUCAUUGAACAAACAAUAUGGAAGACAGAAAAUAUGGUGGAGUUUGUAAUAAAUGACUUUGGUGGAGAUGAUGCAUACAGAAUAAGUUAUCCCCUUUUUCUGGAUGCCAAUGCUCUAGUUCUUCUAGUGUACGAUCAUAGUCAGUAUUCAAAGGAAACCCAUCAAACCUCCAUAGGCCAAUGGCUGGACCUCCUUAGUCGGUAUACACCUGGUGUUGCCAUUAAACUGGUGGGCACCAAAACAGACUUGUCUGAAGACUUCUUUGAAGUGGAAGAAACUGCAGACCUUGUUCAAGAACUAGUCAAAGACCACCUAGAAAAUCACCUUGGUAAAUUAAAAAUGCAACUAGGGCAAGUUGAAAAGGACUUGAAAGAAACAAAAGUAGAUCCCAAUCAGGACUACAUUUCACAUCUGGAGGGUCAAAAAAAGAAACUAGAAUAUCUCAUUUCUAAACCAGUAAAAAUCAUACCAGAAGUUGCCACUGUGUCCUCUCAAGAAGGUUUACCUGGAGUGAGUAGUCUUGUGAACAGUAUUGAACUUCUAGCAAUUGACACAGAGCUAUUCCCACAUGGCCAAAGAUGUAUUCCAGAGCUGUGGAACAAACUUCGUGCCAGACUGAAGAGAAGAAGUGGAUAUUAUCUCAGCUGGGAAGUGGUGGAAAAAGUUGCCAGUAAUUGUCAUGUCAAAGAGGAUGCUAUUGAAAAUGCUCUGCAGUAUCUUCAUGACAUUGGAGAAGUGAUGUGGUUCAAAAACAAUCCUGGACUUUCAAAAAUUCUGUUCCACAAACCUCGCUUAUUGGUGGACUUAAUCACCUCCCUGUAUCACCACAACUUCAAUGAAUUCUUCAAUUAUGAUGAAAACAAAGUAUUCAUGAGUUUGGGUAAAUUCAACAAAGACACUUUCAAUGAGGCUGUGGAAAUCUUUGUUAAAUAUGGACAAAUUUCUCGGCCACUCUUGAGCUGCUUGUGGUUUACUCAUCGUCUGACAGAUAUGAAGUUCACAGAGCUCUUAGAACUCAUGCCUUAUCUAGAUAUUUGUUACACCAUCCCCCAGCCUGAGGUUCCCAUUGGAAACAACAUCACUCUCCCUCUGAUGGUGCUUCCUUGGUACAACAAAGAAACAGCAGAAAAUGAUGUGGUUGAAGACUUUGAAAAAAGUCCGCCAGAAACCAUGAAUCCAGUCACCAUAGAGUACUUGUUUCCCCUCUGUCUACCAAAAGGUGUGUUUGAGAGGAUUUCUGCUUGUCUGCAAGAUCAUGUUCUUACAAGAAUUGAUUGGAAAAAUGCAGUAUAUGCUACUUUGGACGAUGCCAGCUUUCUGCUUCUUUCCUCUACAAGUGAACAGGGCAACUCCUUUGACUGUAUAAAACUUAUGUUUAAAGGCCAGUCCAAUGACCUUCCUACGUCAAGUAUAAAAAUCGUCUCACAGGUCAUUGCCAAUACGCUCCACAAAGUUGAAGGGCUAGUGUGGAAAAUCAAAGCACCCCAAGAUGCAUGGUCAAAUCAUGCAAUUCAAUUUCAAAGAAGAAACAUCCCAACAGAAGAAUAAAAGAAGUCUUUCAUUAUAAUUUAUUUAUUUAUUUUUGACGAACUUUGUAUGAUAAAGUGUUGAGAAGAUUUCAAAGAGAGAGAGAGAGAGAGAGAGAGAGAGAAUUUUUAAAUCUUAUGCUCAUGAUUGUUCUUUCAUGUACCCAGUAGCUCAUGAACCUUAAUGGGCCAAUGUGUCUUACACAGACUAUAAUUAAAUGAAAUUUCUCUUAUUUACAAAACAUUGAUGUUCAGCUGUGAUAGUUGUUCAGUGAUUGUGCUAUGUAGUACAUUGUUUUUUAAGAGAAUAGGUCUGUUAUUGUAAUUAUAAUUUUCAAUAAAAUUAAAGUAAAUCAUA